UCAUUAGUGCUCCAAACCGGAUCGUUUAAUCAAUUCGUCGGCGGACUUUUUCCAUACAGCCACGCACCGUUCGCCCGUGGUAUGAUGGUUGGCAAAUGACACAUAUAGGUGAGCGAUGUGAAUGGGCGCUGUUGCUAGGUGUGUACGAGGAUCGUGUCGCUCGGCUUGAGUUGGGCCCUUUUCGUUUCGUUUUCGAGCGCCAAAUUUCGUUGAAGUAAGCUCAUUCUGACGAGACAAUUUUUAACGCUUAUUUGGUUUUGCCUCUUGGUCUUUUUUUUCUGCUGUAAACACACAUUUCGACCGUUCGUUUGAUCGUACACUAACGCGCAGAGACGCAACCACACAUUGCUUAACCCCUCUCUACAUCAAACUGGCAACGACAGCAUCAAUGAGUGUGCAUUAAUUUUCCAAUUAUGUUGCUAAUUAUUUGUUUUAGCUCAGUGUGUGUGGAAAUGCCCCUCCAAUCCUCUACUGAGCUCCAUUCAACCUUUCCCUUCUCGCUUUUUGGCUAGCAGAGCUCCGUCAACUGAAGGUGUCUAAUUGAAGGGAACACGUCGCAUGAUGAUCGCAAACGAUCUUCAAUCCGACCUGGGGACUGACGGUGCCGCGCAGUGUUGUGGCGGUGCAGAAGCCACCCAACCCCUUCCAGGGCCUUCCAUCCCACUCACCCUGGCCACCCCAGCAGAAGGCACGCAUGCAUUCGCGGUCAACCGUGGAUGAUUUAUGGGUUUCGGCUGCAGGCGAGCGGGUGAAGCACCGGGAGGUGGGUAGCCUUUGAUCGUCAUUCCCGGGACAUGCCGGGACGGACCGGAAGAUGAUGAUACGGUCUUACGAUUGAAAGACGUUUCCAUCGGGCGAGGCAAAAGGCGAGAAAGCGUGAAUAGGGAAGAUAGCGCACCGCGCACCAAGGGAUUGCUGAUGUCCAUCCACGGGGCCGUUCCGCUAAUGGCUGACGGUAGGUGAAAUUGGUCGGGACAUGAUCGUACCAACGCAUCGCGGUGCCUCUUUUGCCCUUGAUGGGCAGUCAGAUGAGAAGCAAAAGCUCCGCAGCAUUUACAGACCGACUUGUUGAUGGUCGUCUUCGAUUCCCCCACCCCUCAAUCUCCAUCGAAAAUGUUUAGAACAAUACUGUUCCGGGGUGAAUGUUUAAAUUUUACAGGCCACCCCAGCCAAUGACAACAAUAAUCAUUUAUCAUUAUAGACGCACCGGUAUCACCACAGGCACACACACGUUUUGCGCAAUAAAUGAUUUUCAUCGAGUGUGCCUGGCGGGGCCUGUUGGCCGAUUUUUUCACUUUGCUUUCCUUUGCGCGUUCGUAUUUCGUGGUGGAUGGAGAAAAUAAAUAAAUAAAUAAAACUGCUAUGUCGCUUCCGGUGCGCAACCAUGGGAAGAGACGAUGGCGGCAGUGCUUGGCGUGUGUUCCUUAGAGACAUUUAGAGUUUCUUGCUCAGGCGGACCCGUACACCCGAGGGGGCCCCUGGCCCGAUGUAGGUUUAAAAAUAAAUGCGCCUUUUUUCUCUUUUUGUUUUUCCAAAGCGAGCGAAGUUUCACACACCAGCAGCAGCAAGAGUCUUAACAAUUUUACCUAAAGUGACGCUUUUCCAUGCGUGAAGCACCGUCUGGGUUCGGUAAAGAACCGGGCCCGUGUCGGGUUAUUUAUUUUUCCCGUGGCACAUUUCCACCGUCCACCCGGGUGCGAAAAGAAUGUGAAACGACGCACGCUGUAUGGCAAAACAUAGUCGAAAGAAUCAUAUGCAUUCUUUAUUAUUUCUUUUUUCGGCGAGUAAAUUAUAUGCAUUGUACAUACGCGUUAACUGUAAAGCAGUUGUCGGCACUGUUUUUGAAGGGUAUUUGAGGUCUGGGACGGGCCGGGCUGGUACUGUGUUAAAAAUGGUCGACUAAUGAUGGCGUGUGAAUUUAUGAAUUGUAAUAAUAUCGUAAAAAAAUGUUUAAAAAAAUCUACGAGGAUAAAACGGUGUGAAUAAGGGCGAUAGUGACACUUUUUUGUCCAAUUUAGGGUAUUUUUUUCAGUAAAAAAACACCAUCUCCGUUCGAUAGUUACCUCUUUUUGUCUUUCUUUGCCUCUCUACCUGCAUAUCUGUACUAAAUCGAAAGGAAGGAUUUAAAUAAUGAACGCAUGAGAUCCACCCCAAAUCAGAUCAUAAACCGCAUGCGGAAUCAAAAUGCGUGCACGGGCGGCCUCUCUAAGGAGCGAUUAAAGUAUAACAAGGUCAACGUGUUACGUCCAGCACCAUGUGUGUGCGCGUUUAUCUAUCUUGCCGUCUUACCGUGCCACAGACGGGGUAACUAUUUUCUCACACGGACGGACAUCGACACAAUUGCUCCGCGUGGCCCGUAUCUAUCAUCGCUCUGCGUGGCGCUCGAGAGUCGCUGGAAUGUUAUUAGUUUGUUAGCACACUUGGUAUACAGCGGGUCUGCCGUGCAAACCAAGCAUUUGGGCUCAAUCCCCAACAACAACAACAGUGACACUAUCUGAUACGACCAACUCAAGCAGUUCGCUCUCUAUGGCGCGUUGUAAGCGUUUGGCCUUAUCGGGGUCACUUUACUAAACGCCUGCACAAACAGUACCCCGGGGAAGUAGGGAAGUGAUUUCUCCCGUGUGAUGAUGUCUUGCUCAUUGAUGGUUGCGUACAGUAGUAGGGGAAGGGGGUUGUCAGAUGAUAAGAACUGGGCCAAAAUUUGCCUAAACUGUGGAAAAUACAGAUGGUACGUUUAAUUGGGUGCUAUCUCUCUCUCGCUCUCUCGUUCUCUCUGUAAAAAGCGCUUGGAAGCUACAGCAGCAAUUUUGUUUCGUCUCCAAUGUCCGAGGUUUCAGUAAACAAAUUUGUGAUAACCAACAACACCGUUUGAGCUCGAAGCAAAUGCACUGAGAUUCGAUCGAUCGAUUCGUCAACGACCCCCGGGUAACAAUAAUGCCCCAUUAUCGCGUGACUGUCCUACCGGGGGCGAACUUCCGACGUGCGGCUUUGAGCUGCUUGCGGCGGACAUGCAAUCCGAAAGUAUCACUCCUUAUCGCACACGUCCUCCUGGGGGCUCAACCGAACCGAAUUCAUUGAAUAUUGUUUCCGAUUGUUUGACCAGUGGCUGCCUCUCUGGCUUGCCGUGCGCUUCUUCCCGGUAGGAACCAUUGAGUUGCCCAAUAUUGAAUUGCGCUCAUUGAUAUGCAGCGGAAAGCGGCAUUAAAAUAAAACAAACAAAACGCUAACAACACAACAGGAACAGAGGAAGGUCUUCUUCCCCUUGCCAAGCCCUCUCACACUGCACCCGCCUCUGCUCGCGGUUUAGGCGUUUCUGAGGAUUGAACGGUAUUUUGCUGAAACAAACCAACACACGGGGUGGGAGACCGACCCGUAAGCGUGUAUGCUUAACGGACGCUGCUGAGAAGGAAAUGGUCUCUCGCCCGGGCCAGUAGCGGCGGAGCUUUUAGCAUCGAAAAGGUUUCUUUCCUUCCUUCUGUUCGUCUGUAGCUGUGUGUGUAUGUGUGCGCGCGAGGAACAGUGGCGGCACACUUGACCGGCUCCUUCGUUCCCUUCGUUGAUCCGCGACCGUUGGCGGGGCACCGAUGACCAAACGGAUUUGACUGGAAACUAUUUUUGAUUAUUCUGUUUUGAUUUCCGUUCGGUGGCGAUGAAAUGAAUUGGCCUGUCUGGUGCGCAUCGCGUUCUAGUGUGAGCGCCUUCAUGCCCCAACACCACACCCUGUUUAUGCUCAAUGGCCACGCGGUCAAAGAUCCUGGAAAUGUGUGUAGUGUCCCUGCUGUGUGAUUGUGCCGGAAGAGUCGUGAAUAUCGUGUGUCUGUGUCGCUAAUAUGCUCAAUGUUCUUGGCUUCAAAUAUCUAUCCCGAUCCCGAGUCCGAGAAGGCCAUCAUGGGCUCAUUGGUAUUCUGCAUUCAUCACAAGCAAGGCUGCAAAUGGUCUGACGAGUUGAGGAAAUUGAAGGCACAUCUGAAUACCUGCAAGCACGAUGCCAUCCAGUGCCCGAACAAGUGCGGCUCCCAGAUACCGCGCGUAAUGAUGACGGACCAUCUGGCGUUCACCUGCAUCCUGCGCCGUGCCAUCUGCGAGUUCUGCAACGUGGAGUUCACCGGCAUUGGGCUGGAGGAGCACGCCGGCACCUGCAGCUCGGAACCGAUCUACUGCGAGUCCAAGUGUGGCACGCGCGUACUGCGCGGCCGCAUGUCCAUCCACCGUGCCAAAGACUGUGCCAAACGUUUGCGCCGCUGUCCGCACUGUGGGCGCGAGUUCUGUGCCGACACACUGGCCGCCCAUGGCGCUACCUGUCCGCGCAGCCCCAUCCCCUGUCCGCAGCGGUGCGACGCGGGGCCGUUCGCGCGCGCCGAUCUCGAUGCGCAUCUGCGCGACGAGUGCAAAGCGCUGACGGUGCCGUGCACGUUCAAGGAGGCCGGAUGCCGCUUCAAGGGUCCGCGCCACCUGCUGGAGGCGCAUCUGGAGGCGAACACGUCCGCGCAUCUGUCGCUGAUGGUGGCACUGUCGGGCCGGCAGGGACAGCAGAUCAACAUGCUGAAGAGCGCCAUGGCGAAGCUGAGCACCAACUACACCGGCACGCUGCUGUGGAAGAUCACCGACUGGUCGGUGAAGAUGCAGGAAGCGAAGACGAAGGACGGGCUGGAGCUGGUGUCGCCACCGUUCUACACCAGCCAGUACGGCUACAAGCUGCAGGCGUCGAUGUUCCUCAACGGUAACGGGCCGGGCGAGGGAACGCACGUGUCCGUGUACAUCAAGGUGCUGCCGGGCGAGUACGAUGCCCUGCUCAAGUGGCCCUUCUCGCACUCCGUCACCUUCACGCUGUUCGAGCAGGGAACGCUCGGAAGCGGCGUCGGCGGCCAGGGAGGCGUCGCGGAAUCGUUUGUGCCAGAUCCGACGUGGGAGAACUUCCAGCGUCCAUCGACCGAGCCGGAUGCGCUCGGGUUCGGCUUUCCACGAUUUGUUUCCCACGAGCUGCUCAACAGGCGCCCGUUCGUGCGGGAUGACACCGUGUUUCUGCGCGUAAAGGUCGACCCAAGCAAGAUAGUGGCAGUGUAAGAGGGAGCAAAGGCAAAAAAGCAAAAGUCCAAUGAUGUGUACAUAGUAUAGAUAAACUUAUAUGCGCGCACACUCACCCCCACCUCCUUCCAAGAACCUGCUUGGUCCACCUCAUCCCCAACCACAUUGUACAUAGUUGUCCCGUUGACCCCGUCAGACAGCGUAACAAUCAUCCUCAUCCUCCCGCCUUAGUCAUUCGUGUGGGCCAAAUCGGGUAGUUCUCUCCCGGCGAGAGAAGCUGCUACGCGAUGGCGCACGCACUGGGGAUUGGCCGCAGGGCGCUGGUUCGCGCUCCGUUUCCGUCGGCCGGAAUGGAGCGGGAUACUGCGCCCCUGGACCCAGGGGACAGUCUCCAGGACCGUUUGCUUGUAAGAGAACACGGUGUACCAAUCACACUAAAAACGAAAAUCAGCUUCGAAAUCUCAUAGUUGCUUGUAAGGACACGAACAACGCGUCUACACGGCGUGGAACACUUUAGGAUAAGUCUAGUUGCGUAAGCAAAGCGUAGGCGAGCGAGUGCAAACAGAGGGGAAAAAACCACAAGAAAACAAAUUGUUUCGAUUACUUUGUGUACAGCAAAAAACGGCAAAAGUUUGGGGCAAAGUUUUAAUCGCAAUCAAAAAGCUUUCAAUAAUGACUACAAAAGCAGCGUUAUGCGCAACGUUGUGUCUUUGUGCAAGAUACAAUAUAGUACACCUUUCGGCUAGCAGAAACCUGAACUGUUUGCUUGUAUGAUAGUAACUUACUAGUAGAGUAGAAGCAAAUUAUGCCUAUUAAAUCGCUCUCUGUCGUCUUCUGAUUGACGGCGAUCGUCAAUACUGAAAGACGCGCUUGACACAGAAGCAUCAGCUCAGCGUGCAACUCUUACUAAUCGUAACACUUUUCUUCUGAUUCGAGUCAUUAGCUUUAAGGUGUCAAUAGCGGUGAAGCAUUUAGGUACUUUUCUGUUGAAGAAAACACGAUCGAGAAUGCUGUAAACCGUUCAACAGUAGUUAGUUAGUAAGAAGUAAGCUCUUUUGUUUCGUUUCAUUUUUCAGUUCGUUAUAAUUUCACUCAUUUCAAAUGGAGAUUGCAGCCUUGGCUAAGGGAAGACACUGGCCUCACAGUGCUACUCUCUUCCCCACGCAGCAAGGCAAGCAAAUCCAGCCCAUUUAGCUAGAAAACCAUUUCUGUCGCACAGUAAGACUCAUCCAAGGCGUGCUAUGUCGUGCGUCGGUAGGGUUAAGUUGAUGUUAAACUAAAUACCGGUAGACCAUAAGAACGUGUAAAAGCAUUAUCAAUUCGGGUAGUAUAUUCGUUACGUUAGUCAUUACAAAGAUCAAACCAUACAAAGCUCGAAAUACAACUGAGUGUGUACAAUUGACUGAUUUAAGUAAAAAAUUAAAAAGUUUUGUGUUUUUUUUU